AUGCAGCAGGGCGGGAAGAAGGGCCGAGGCCCCAAGGCAGGUGCUCGCGCAGCUCAGCCUCAUGAUGCCAACAAAGAACGAAUGCUGUACUUCCUCGCCUGUCUGGGCGGGCAGACGGUCACCGUCAAGCUGAAGAACCAGACGACCUACGAGGGAGUAUUCCACAGCUGCACCUUAGAAGGUGAUAUCUCGAUCACCUUGAAAUCAGCCCGGCAAGUGGCCGCCGGAAAAGGGCCCAGUGGCGAGGUGAAAGAUGAAAUGGUUGUGGCCGCGAAAGAUUUCCUUCAGGUCUCUGCUGCCAACGUGCCUCCGGAGCCCAAGCAGCACACCGCCUUCAAGACGGAUGGCGAAAUAGCUGAAGGGUGGGGUGAGGGCCGCAACCGCGAGCUGGUUGCUUGGAAGAGCGGUGGGGAGGCAAGUGCCCCUGCCGGCGUUUCCCUCAAUCUGGAAUCUGGUGGUCGCCAAAUAGGUACCUGGAACCAGUUCGAAUAUAACGAGAAACAGUUCGGCAUCACCAGCACGUACUCUGAGGACUUGUAUACCACGAAGCUGGACCCCAGCAAAAUCCCAGAGCAGAAGAGGAAAGAUGCCGAGCGCAUCGCCCGCGAAAUUGAGAGCGGGCAGAGCUGGGGCAGAAUAGAGGAAGGCGUGAAUGAUGAUGUUGACGAGGAAGCGCAGUUUAGUGCCGUCGGCUCUUCGCAAGCUCGGGAGCCAGUCCAUGCUCCGCUGACAGUGGAGAAUGUCUCGCAGCAUGAUGCUGCAUCCGCAGCUGAGCUGCAUGCUGCAGAUGGUUUCGCCCGAGAGCAUAGGGCCAAGCGCUACAUGAUCACUGCGCACCAGCGGGCGCCGCAGCUCUCAGAGAUGAAAAGCAUUAAUGCCUUGAAUCUCGAGCCUGCUUUGCCCAAGUUUGAUGACAAGACCCGAUCGGAUUGGAUCAAUUUCAAGCAGUCGCAGUCGCGAACGCGACAGGGACAGCCAUCUUCCGGCAUCAGGGACGAGCUUCAGCAGUCUUUGCAGGCCAUCCAGCAAAAAGAUGCCACGACGCAGAAGAAGCCCGCUGCUGCACCAGGCGCCAGUGGCUCUGGCCACGCCGAAGCUGGAGGAUUUCAGCUGGACGCUUCUGCAGCAGCUCAUGAGCCGGAGCAGGAGGCUCAAGAAGAGCAGAAGGGCGGCAAGGGCAACUCCAAGUUUUCCUUCAACCCGUCGGCGAAGGAGUUCUCCUUCAACCCACAGGCCGCGACGUUCACGCCCACGUCCAAUGCUGUGGCUCAGCGUACGGAAUCGAAGGGUACGAACCAAGGUGGUCUCACCGCGCGCACCGUUGCGGUCGGCAACCUAAGGCGCAAGCAGGAGGAGGAGAGAAGACGGCAAGAAGCCGAGGAGCUAGAGUCCAAAGCCAAGCAGGCAGGGCCAGAAAACGAUCGAAGACAGGCUGAAGCCGCCGAGCAGGCUCGUCAGGACGAAAUUGCACGAAAGCUGGAUGAGGCACAGCCUUGGUGGGUGUUGCGUGAGUGGGGAACUCGUGAGCACAUGGCAGUGUCUCGCGCGGACCUCGAGCGCCUAGAGCGGCGUCUCAAUCAGGCUGAGAAGGCCAUCCAGCUUCAAGCUGGUCACAUACAAGAGCUGCAGGCAACGGUCGACGCGCUGCAACUUGGCAGCCAUGGCAGUCAUGGCGGCCAUGGCAGCUACGCAACCAGUGCCACAAGCCGCGUGACAGCGCGCGGUGGCUCCCUUAGCAGUGGCCCCCUAACUGGUAGCAGCUUUCCAAGAGAGCGCUCCCGAACCCCAACGCCCGUAAUAACACCAGCCUACCAAAGGAGUGCAGCUGCCAAUGGCUAUGGCAAAGGACAUGCCCCGAUGGCCGAGAACCGUCAUGGUCACGGAGGUCUCGGCCGGGAGUCUUUGGAGUCUUUCGACGAGACCGAGAUUCUGGUAGAGGACUUUGCGCAGGCGAACGCGUUGGAUGCAAAAUGCAAGGACGCGCUGCUGUCCCAAGCGCCCGAGGUGCAGCGCGCCGUGGUUGCCCAAGGGCCUGCUGAAGGACGGAAUCCAUCAGCCAUGGUCAUGGGCAGGAUAGCGAAAGCGCAAAAGGAUCUGGGAGCCUUCGGUGAGGUGCCCAUGCCGCCCGUAGACGGCCUCCUGGACCAGCUCGAGGGCUUCAUUGCCGAAAACGCGCUGGACGAGAUGUGUGCGGAGUCUCUUCGAAACCAGUCUCCCGAGUGUCAGGCGGCGGUGCUGAACCAGGGCCCUGCAAGCGGUCGCAACGCAUCUGCCAUGGUCAUGGGCCGAAUCGCUAAGUUCCAACGCGGAGGAUGA